AUGGAUAAACCAGUACGUGACCGUCCAGACUGGUGGAAUAACGGCGUGAAUGGAGCUUCCAAGGAAGCCAAAGUUGCUACUUCAAGUUCAAGCAAGAGUGUUUCGUCCUUUGGCAAUUUGACGCAGUCUUCGCUGAGAUCGUUUGCUAUCCCACAUUUGAACGCCACGGAGCAGAAGAAGUUUAAUCAAGAGAUCGCCAUGUACUUCUACUGCACAGGAACAAGUUUUGUGCGUGUUGAAGACCCCUAUCUUCUUCGGGCUAUACAAUUGUUGCGACCAGGUACACGACUUCCGACGCGGAAGCAACUAGCUGAUGAUAGUUCUGGCGGUUUGCUGGAGAGUUGCUAUCAGAGAGUCAAGGCGGAAGUUGGUAAGUUGUUAUCCCUUAACAAACAGUAUAUCUGCAUCACCAGCGACGCGUGGUCCAGUACACUGAACGAGCCGAUAGUCAACUACAUGGCUGUAUCCCCAACCAAGUCACUAUUCCUAGAAGCUGUUCACACUGAAGAUCAGCCACAUGAUGCUGAAUGGCUCGCCGCCGAUUUAAUUCGUGUGAUGGAUGGUAUUGGAGAUAACGCGGUUGGUUGCGUGACAGAUAAUACGGCAGCAAAUAAGAAGGCUUGGAAGGAGUUGGAACAGAAGUGCCCAAACUGUUUCUUCCACGGCUGUGUGUGUCACGGACUGAAUCGUUUGGUCAAAGACAUCUUUGGAGCCAAGAUGAAGAUACCUGAAGGCGGUGGCCCUGCUCAAUAUCCAGAUGGAUACCCAUUCGAAGACCUAUUACUCUUUACCGCUGACUGCAAGGACAUUGUUUCGUUUUUCCACAACCAUCACGCUCCCAUGGCUAAUCUGCAGAAGGCGUUGAAAUCUUCCAAGUUAAAGGGUCUUGUCCGUCCAGCAACAACACGGUGGGGCACAAUCCAGGAUUGCUUUAAAUCCUUACAAGCAGCAGAUUACGUUAUGAAUGUGUUGGUAUCGCAGCGUGAUUUUGUCUCGACUGGAAACGCCAAUCAGAAGGAGAAACGUACGGCCAUUAAGACGAUCAUUACUGAUCCUGAUUUCGUCACCAAGCUGGAUGAAUGCAUCAAAAUCCUUGAACCGAUCGAUAUGUUCAUCAAGGUUUUCCAGAGCGUUUAUAACGCGUUCCUUGACCUGGAGAACAAGACGAAUGGGCUGACAAACAUCAACGCAGAAAAGAAGGCCUAUCUGGUUAAGCAAGUGAAGAAGCGAUUCGACUUCAUGUACGCGGAUGCGCAUGGCAUGGCUUACCUAUUGGAUCCAGGAUAUCUCGGCGAUAAGAUGUCGCGUGCACUACGGAAGGAAAUAGAAGAUUUCAUCUUCAACUUCCCUACAGCAGACGGCAGCACGUGUGAGGAGAGAAAACAGAAAUUGGCUGAGGAGUACACGGCCUUCCGCAUUGAUGCACUCCAGGAAAGAGAGAAGAUUCUGUUUUAA